AUGAGUGGCGGUUCUGCAUCUAGUAACUUAAGGUCGGCUCUCUCCCAUUGCGUACAACAAGUGCGAAGUUAUGAUUAUCAUCACUAUCUUUGCCUUCUUGAACUGCCUCCAUCUCUGCGGAAGGCGGCGUUCACGCUCCGUGCCUUGAAUGUCGAGACAGCUAGAGCUAUGGAUGUUGCUUCUGAUCCCAGGAUUGGUCUUAUGCGCCUUGUGUGGUGGCAGGAAGCCAUAGACAAAAUAUUUGCCAAUAAAUUAAUUGAACACCCAACAGCGCUGGCCAUGUCACAUGUGAUAUCAGAGACCAAAAUUAGUAAGACAUGGUUGAAACGAUCUGUUGAAGCCCGGAUCAACGAUGCAAGAAGAGAGGCUACCGACAUUCCAGAAACUAUGGAAGAGUUGGAGAAAUAUGCUGAGGACACUGUAUCUACUAUGCUGUAUUUGACACUUCAAUCCGGUGGUAUCAUAUCUACUGCAGCUGACCAUGCAGCCUCGCAUAUUGGCAAGGCUAGUGGUAUUCUUCUGCUCCUUAAAUCGCUGCCUUAUCAUGCUGGUCACAACCGACAUUUUUCUUACAUACCAAGGGCUAUAGCGUCCAAGCACGGGCUAAUAGUUAAGCAGGACGGUCAAGAGAGAUGGCUGGAUUCUCGUGAGGGUCUUUGUGAAGCAGUUUAUGAAAUGGCAUCAGUAGCCAAUGCACACUUACAAAAGGCACGGAAAUUAUCUAAGAGUGUGCCUGCCGAGGCUCUUCCGGUGCUCCUGCCGUCUGUACCCGCUCAGGUUCUCUUGGACUCCCUACGCCGGGUACAAUUUGAUGUGUUUGAUCCAAGGCUAGCGCGAGGGGUGCUGGGAAUACCACCCUUGUGGUACCAGCUUCAACUCAAGUGGACUUCGUGGAGAAGGAAAUACUAA